GUCAGUCAAAACAGAGAAUUAUUUACUUCCUGUUGUGUAUCAACGGCUUUGCUUACUUGACAAUUAAAGAUGUCAGUUAAUAUUUUUACAUUGCGGUAAAAAAAACUUGUGCAAGAGGAAAGUCGGGACUACUGGAGCACUUACCAUCGUGAUGCAGCAUUGGCAUUGCUUGAUUACUCGGGCAUGUGGUGGUCGAAGAUUCAUCUUCAUACUGGCUUGUAUGAUAAUGUUUGCAUUUCUAUCAGCAUGUCUGUUGAGUAGCUUCUCGAGAAAUUCCACGAUCAAUCGGCUACCCGUGAAUUACAGUGUUCAUCAGUAUGCCCAGCAUUACUCCAAGGCGGAACCGGCGGACCUUACGGAUGCGGUGAAGAAAAUUCGCAUUCUUUGCUGGAUCAUGACAGGCCCGAAGACUCACAAAACCAAAGCGAUUCAUGUCAAAGCAACGUGGGGCAAUCGGUGCAACAUUCUCUUAUUCAUGAGCUCAGCUAAAGAUGACAGUUUGCCUACAGUUGUGUUGCCAGUGGGAGAAGGCCGGAAUAAUUUGUGGCCCAAGACCAAAGAAGCGUUCAAAUAUAUUUAUAAAAAUUAUAAGGAUAAGGCCGAUUGGUUCAUGAAAGCCGAUGACGACACAUACGUGAUUGUUGAGAACUUACGGUUUAUGCUGUCAUCCUACAACACCUCCGCACCUCUGUACUUUGGCUAUCGGUUCAAACCCUUCGUCAAGCAAGGCUACAUGAGUGGUGGCUCCGGGUACGUUCUGUCAAGAGAAUCUCUGCGGAAGUUCGUGCAGGAGGCACUGCCAAAUCCGACUAAGUGCUUCAAUGGUAGUAAUCGUCCUGAGGAUGUGGAAAUCGGCAAAUGCUUGGAAAAAGUUGGCGUAAAAGCUAUGGACUCGCGAGAUCCACUUGAUCGAGAGAGAUUUCUUCCACUUCCACUCGGAACUCUUCUCGUUCCACAGGCGUUGAGUAAAGACUCCUGGUUCUGGAAGUGGAUGUAUUACGAGGAUCAAAAUAAUCACAAUUGCUGCUCAGAUUACGCUAUAUCAUUCCAUUAUAUACAGCCACAAAUGAUGCAUGUAUUUGAUUAUUUAAUUUAUCACGUGAGACCAUAUGGAGCUACUCAUCACAUGGACAGCUUACGAUUGACUCCAUCAACAACGACCGAACCUUAGUCCAAAGAGAUAUGGGAGUUUAUUAUUACUUUUGUUUUAAUUAUGGAGAGACCUAUAUUUCAUAUGCAUUUCUUGAUUGGCGACGUGUCUGAUCGACCUUUUCCAUUUCUACUUACACAGCAAGUGUGCGCCCUUCCCUUGCGGGUGAAUUUUUAUCUUUCUCGAUAUCUUUGACUAUCUUGCAGAAAUAGAAAUAUAUAAAAUGGUAUCCAGAGAAAAAUAAUACUUCCAUUAGAGAGAAUCCUUACACCCUGCUGAGCAGCUGAGGGAGGCUCCCAAUCAAUUGCGAACGCUCGAGAGCUCGAAUUUCGUUAUGAAUGAGAUACCUGAAAAAUUGUUAACAGUUUGAAUAAUUUUUCACGAAUCCUUCUUUUCUGCUUCGGUACAUAAUUUAUUCGGAACCAAAUUAAGUAGCAAUGCUACUAGAAUUUUUUUGUCUUUUUAACGGUAUAAGAAGUGGACCUCUGAUAAAAACAGAUCAAUUUUUUCUCAGGAUUUAUUUUUCUUAAAAACUAGAAUAUUUUAUAAUACGAUAUCUACUAUCACAAGGAGUCAAGUUGAGGUGAGAAACUAGACAAUAAUUAUAUUUGGUUUAAUCAACGGGUGUUGAUUGAUUUCAGGGCUUCACUGAGUGUCAUGAAAUCGGUCCAAACGCCUGGAGAAACUCUCCCCUCGAUCAUUUUUGCAUUUGCUUUUAUCUCGUCGCUUUUCGCCAGGAAAUGUGGUUUCAACAUUCUACCGUACAUAUUUCUCAUACUCUCCUGAUCCCAGAUAUGAAAAUGUCUAGCGUGGGCCCAGCCAGUCAUAUAAAUAUUGUCCAUGAAUUGACGGAUCCGAGCGAAAUUUCGUUCUUGUAGUAUUGGAUAGUUGGUUAUAAUUUCGAUUGCUGUCUUGGGGCUCAUAUCAGCUUCAGUUUCUUCGAUUUUCGGAGGCAAACCAGGCAAAUAGGAAUCGAUAUCCCUGGUAAUAUUUGUUGACAUUAUUUUAAUAAAAUCAUCGAACAUUUUAUUGAUGUUAUUCAGAUUCUCUUCGACGUCGUCCGAUGGACUGCUAGUGAUUUUUUGCGUUAGACGAUUUGAUUCUUCUUGUAUGGGGACUGUGCCAAUGUAAACCUAGGGUAAAUAAAUCGUAAUUUAUUAAAGAUA